AAAGUUCGAGCCGCGCACGUGAAUAAUUUGUUUAUUUGUAUAUAGCAGUAUAUAGUAUUUAUGACAGUAUCUCCUCAUGUGUAGCUUGGCUCUGCGGAUCUUUAAACGCUUGGCGUUGCUUCGACAAUCUAUUUACCUGUCCAUGUAUUCCAGGUUUCACGAACCGAGAUUACUGGGUGUUACAGCCGAAGUGAAGACUUGCUUUGUGCGCUCGUUGUUUGCUAGGCACAAGAUGCACAUAGCGAUGCUGGACGAAGAAAAGUUGAGGGACGUGGAUAUUCAUAUGCAACAGGAAGCUAUCUCGCUAUCCUGGCUGUGCACUGUGGCUCCCGCCUUCCCAGUGAAUGGCUCCAAGAUAACCAUAAUUCACGAGCCAGAAACGUUUUACUCCACUCUGCUGGAAAAAUGCAGGCACGCCAAGAAGAGAAUCACAUUAGCCUCGUUGUACAUAGGUACUGGUGCCUUAGAGACCGAACUAGUCAACGUGAUAGAGCAAGCGAUGAACGGUGGCACUGUGCAAGUGCGGAUUCUGAUGGAUUACAUGAGGGGUUCCCGUGGUAAGCACAACUCCCGCAAGAUGCUAGAGCCAUUGCUGAAGGACAAGUACGGAGAUCGCUGCAAGGUCUUCCUGUAUCACACACCGAAACUACGCGGCGUCAUGAAGGCGACAAUGCCCGAACGCUUCAACGAGCUCGUCGGCUUGCAACACAUGAAGCUAUAUAUGAUUGAUGACGACUUGAUCAUUAGUGGGGCGAACCUUAGCAACGACUAUUUCACGAAUCGGCAGGACCGAUACUUCGUCAUCGAGGAUUGCCAGGAGCUUUGCGAUUUCUACAACAAACUAGUCGAGAAAGUGGCGGAAUUCAGUUUCCUCUUGCAACCAGACGGUAAUACGAGUCUGAAUCCUGCUGUGGACUGCCAUCCUUACAAAGGAUCGCGGAAAAUCUUUACCCAAGAAGCCGCGUCCCGAAUUCAGACACUCUUCCAGAGUGAGAUAGAGAAGCGUGUUAAUCUUGAUAAAGCAGAAGCAGACACAUGGGUAUUUCCACUAGUACAAAUGGGCCAAUUGAACAUCUGUCAUGACAGCGAAGUAACAUUGAAGCUACUGCAAGUAGCUCCAGCAGGAGCGACACUCAAACUGGCAACCGGUUACUUCAAUCUGACUUCUGAAUAUAGUCGAGCUAUACUCGGGGAUAGUCGAGCGACAUGCCACUUUUUGACAGCACAUCCCACUGCCAAUGGCUUCUUCAAUGCUAGAGGAAUCGCCGGAGGAAUUCCAGCGGCGUAUACCAGGAUAGAAGAAUCCUUCUUCAACCUGUGCGAGAGGAUGGCACAACAGAGAAGGAUAAGAUUAUGGGAGUUCAUGAAACCAGGAUGGACGUAUCACGCCAAGGGUCUCUGGUACAUCUUGCCGGGUCAGCAGAAACCCUCGUUGACUCUCAUAGGCUCGCCAAACUUUGGUUACAGAUCGGUGAACAGGGACCUCGAGACACAGAUAGCUGUUGUGACGAAGAACGAAAAGCUGCAAGAUGCGCUGCACGAGGAGCAGACGCGAUUGUUCUCCUGCGCUAAGCCCGUCACGAGGAAGACUUUUUCACAACAGGACAGAAUACCGCCGGCUUGGGUGUGCGCGAUUGUGCUCUUCUUCCGCUAUUACUUCUGAAAGCUGGGAAAACAUAACAUGCCGCGGAACACAUUUUCGCAUUCUAGAUUUAUUUAAUUUUAUUCAUCGCGACGCGUUACGAACAAGAUAACGAAUAAAAGAUUCAACGUUA